CGGCCUCGCGGCAGCCGCCCCCUUUACUCGGUCACGCCGAGCCAGUGUCCGCGCCCGGGACCCAGCCGCCGCCUCUCUGCCGCGCCCUUUGCUUCCCAACCAUGGACCCCCGCAAAGUGAACGAGCUCCGGGCCUUCGUGAAGAUGUGUAGGCAGGACCCAAGCGUCCUGCACACCGAGGAAAUGCGCUUCCUGAGGGAGUGGGUGGAGAGCAUGGGGGGUAAGAUACCACCUGCAACCUACAAAACUAAAUCAGAAGAAAAUGCCAAGGAAGAAAAAACAGAUAGUAACGAGACGGAGGAAAACAUAAAGACAGAUGAACCAUCAAGUGAGGAAAGUGAUCUAGAAAUAGAUAAUGAAGGUGUGAUUGAACCAGAUACUGAUGCUCCUCAAGAAAUGGGAGAUGAAAAUGUAGAGGUAACUGAGGAGAUGCUGGAUCAGGCAAAUGAUAAAAAAGUGGCUGCCAUUGAUGCCCUAAAUGAUGGUGAAUUUCAGAAAGCAAUUGAGUUAUUCACAGAUGCCAUCAAGCUAAAUCCUCGAUUGGCAAUUUUAUAUGCCAAGAGAGCCAGUGUCUUCAUCAAAUUACAGAAGCCAAAUGCUGCCAUCCGAGACUGUGACAGAGCUAUUGAAAUAAAUCCUGACUCAGCUCAACCCUAUAAGUGGAGAGGGAAGGCACACAGACUUCUGGGCCAUUGGGAAGAAGCAGCCCAUGACCUUGCUCUUGCGUGUAAAUUGGAUUAUGAUGAUGAUGCUAGUGCAAUGCUGAAAGAAGUUCAACCAAGGGCCCAAAAGAUUGCAGAACAUCGAAGAAAGUAUGAGCGAAAACGUGAAGAGCGAGAAGUCAAAGAACGACUAGAAAGGGUUAAGAAAGCUCGUGAAGAACAUGAGAGAGCACAAAGGGAGGAAGAUGCCAGAAGACAAGCAGGAGGAGCCCAGUAUGGAUCAUUUCCAGGUGGCUUUCCUGGGGGAAUGCCUGGAAUGGGUAAUUUUCCUGGAGGAAUGCCUGGAAUGGGAGGGGCCAUGCCUGGAAUGGCAGGAAUGCCUGGACUUAAUGAAAUUCUUAGUGAUCCAGAGGUUCUUGCAGCCAUGCAGGAUCCAGAAGUUAUGGUGGCCUUCCAGGACGUUGCUCAGAACCCAUCAAAUAUGUCAAAAUAUCAGAACAACCCAAAGGUUAUGAAUCUCAUCAGUAAAUUGUCAGCCAAAUUUGGAGGUCAAUCCUAAGGCCCUUCUGACAAAACCCUUGUUAAAGGAAACACAACUUAGAUCACUUAAUGGAUGUCGCAAUAAUACAAAACAGUGUACCUCUGACCUUCUUAUGAAGAAAGCUGGGGUGCUUGGAAGAUAAUCCCUACCCUCUGCCCCAAAUGCAGCUUAGAUUUUACAUUGGUUUGCCAUUAGAAUGUUCAUUUGAAAUAAUGUUUUCCUAUUUAGGAUUUACAAAUUUUAAAUACUUUUUAAACUCUACAAAUAUUCUAAGCAAAAGUGUAUGUUACUUUUUCCUCUACUGAUCAUUUUGUUAUUUUUUCUUUGAAUUAGAAAAAGUAUACUUCAAGAUGGAAUAUUCAUUGCUUAGUUUGAAAAUAAAGAUAUUUUAUUAGCUGCAGUUAAAUUUGAAUAGGUAAGGUUUAAGUUGGAUAUAUGGUUGCUGAAGCAUUAUGAUUUGUCAAUUUCAGUGCUUUAUUAAAAAUGUAUUUCAGUAAAACUAUUGGGACCACUAGUACUGAAAUAGGGCUUGGGAAGGGACUGGAAGUAUUGACAGGACAGCAGCAAUCUUACUACAUUUUGCAUAACACAUACCUUUGUGCAGAUUUAUUAAAAUCUUACACUGUGGUAAAGGAAUGAUUUUUAUAAUGCUGCAGUACAGUUGGAGUACUUAGCUCUGUUCUUGUCAGAUACAUAAAAUAAAUGUUUCAUAUUUCCACAUGGGAAAAUAAGGGGAGACUUAUUUUAUUUUUCUACAUUUAAAAUUACUUUUCUGUUCAGGAAAUAAUCUUUUGUCUGCUUUCUAGUGGUUUUCACAUUUUUUUCCUCAUUUUGAACAAAAGAUAGUCCCAUUUCACUAACAUCAUCACUGUUACAAUUUACAGCAUAAUUGUACAAGUAUAUUUAGUGCUUGGUUUAAUGUGUAAUACAUAUACUGAUGUAUAAUGCCUAUAAUAACAACUAUAAAGCUAUAAUUUCUUGCUUGGCCAA